AUGCGCGGUGUUCUGCCUCAAGAAAUCUCGGCCGCGAUAUCGCCUCUCCGUCCCGCCGCCGCCACCUCCAGAAAUCUCGGUCGCGAUAGUGCCUAUCCAUCCCGCCGCCGCCAUAAUCGCCCCCAACCUCGCGAACGAGAUCCGCAGAUUGAGAGGCCUUCACCAAUUGAUUUCUGCGCGCCUCGGGCCCGGGGAGGUGAUGGCACGGUGCUGAGCGACCUGCUGGAGAACUGCGUCGCGGAGGUGCUGCUCAGGCUGGACCCGCUGGAGAUCUGCCGGAUGGCGCGGCUCAGCCGCAUGUUCCGCGGCGCCGCAUCCGGGGAUGGUGUCUGGGAGUCCAAGCUACUGACGAACUACGCGCGCCUCCUCGCUGUCGCUGCGGCCGGUGAUGGGGAAGCGGGGCAGGCCGUCGGGUCUGCGCCGAAGGCGGAGCCGCUGCCCAAGAAGGAACUGUACGCGCGGCUUUGCCGUCGGAACCGUUUCGACGACGGCAAAAAGGAGUUCUGGCUGGACAAGGGUGGCGGAGGUCUAUGUAUGUCAAUUUCUUCAAGGGCGCUUUCAAUAACAGGCAUUGAUGACAGGAGGUAUUGGAACUUCAUUCCCAGUGAUGAAUCAAGAUUCCGCACGGUUGCGUACCUCUCGCAAAUCUGGUGGUUUGAAGUCAGAGGGGAGGUUGAAUUCUUCUUCCCAGAAAGCACGUACAGCCUAUUCUACCGCAUUCAUCUCGGCCGACCAUUCAAGCGAAACCAGAGGAGUUCAGGGAGAGAUCACCAAGUUGCAUAUAGGUGUCCAUGGGCAAACACCCACUCACAAUAAUUAAGUCAAGAUACCUUACCGAGUGUAGUAAUCCUUUGGCAGAUAUAUGUCUUUAACGGGGCCAAAUUUUCCAAAUGGUCUACGAAGGUCAUCGGGCUUUUUUCGUGUUCGGGGCGGAGCGUUUUUUUGCCUUUUGUUCCUAAUGCUCUUGGUCUUCACAACCGUAGAGAGAACUGGACCGUCUCCAA